AUGGACACUAAAUAUGGCGUCAAUAUCGUCGAAUCAAACGAUAUACACUCAUUCCAAAAGGAACAUAAUGAUGAACAGCCGGAGAACCUGAUUCCGGUGCUUAUGGCAAACACAGGACUUGGUGUUAAGCAGACAAUGCAGCUCAGCUAUCAUAUUUGUCGUUUGGAAGUAGAGGGCUUCUGCGCCAAUGCAGAUAGGCUCUGUGUGGGUGAGGAUGCCCAAGGACGCCGUAUUCGGGAAGUCUUCAUCAAUUGCUGUACGGACAUGUUCAUGGGACUCAUACAUUGGAGUUAUGUUAGCAAGCGCUGGAUCAAGCAAACGGACAUCAAUUCUGAUCAUACUAUUACAUUCCAGGUUGGAUCUACUUGGUGGUCCUCUUUUGAAGAAUUCCUGAGAAUGAUGUGGCUGAACUGCAGACAUGAAGAGCCCUCUGUUGAAAAGGUGACUGUCGACUGA